CUGUGGGAAAGCAAGGGGCGUGUUUAUAGUCAGCCAAUCAAUGUGAGCUCGUUGUUAUAAAAACCAGGGUUGCCGGCUAACUUGCAUUCUUCUUCGCCGUGUGUUAUUUGUCUGUUGCUGAAGAGGUUGCUCCUCGCAAUGGCUCGUACUAAGCAGACCGCCCGGAAAUCCACCGGAGGGAAGGCUCCCCGCAAGCAGCUGGCCACCAAGGCAGCCAGGAAGAGCGCUCCGGCCACAGGCGGAGUCAAGAAACCUCACCGUUACCGGCCCGGCACAGUCGCUCUCCGCGAGAUCCGCCGCUACCAGAAAUCCACCGAGCUGCUCAUCCGCAAACUGCCUUUCCAACGCCUGGUCCGGGAGAUCGCUCAGGACUUCAAGACCGACCUGCGCUUCCAGAGCUCGGCCGUCAUGGCUCUGCAGGAGGCCAGCGAGGCUUAUCUGGUCGGUUUGUUUGAGGACACCAACCUGUGCGCCAUCCACGCCAAGAGGGUCACCAUCAUGCCCAAGGACAUCCAGCUGGCCCGCAGGAUCCGGGGCGAGAGGGCUUAGUCCCAGCAGCACAACACAAAGGCUCUUUUCAGAGCCACCAAAUCCCCACUCAAAGAAGCUGAAUAUCUUCUCCACGUGGCGCUUUGUCACGUAGUUUAAUUUAUUUUUUUCAAUACAACUUUUACUGGUGUCCC